CUUAUCGGACAAAAAAAUAUCAAAUUUGUCCCCUAUAAUCAAGUGUCGCAUUCCAAUGAGGAUUGGUUCCUGAUCACGUGAUUUCAGAUAGCACGAAUUUCAAAACCCAAGAUGGCUGCCGUGGAUAAAGAAAAUCAACCUGAGCCAACACCACCCACCCCUGAGGCAGACAGUAGUGUGGAAGGUGAGAUGUACAGCUGGCAGGACAGGAGACUGUCCAGGUCUGCCAGGAAACGGGCGCUGGAACAGAGGAGAGAAGAACUGCUGGAUGAAACACCUGAAGAGGAAGAAGACAUCACAGCCAUACAAGACAAUGUAGUGAGUGAGUGGAUCAGCCUGUUACAGGAGAGGGACAGACUUCUGAGGGAACAGGUCAAUGAGGACAACCAGAGGCUGAUGGAUGAGUACAUGCGGGACCUGUUCUUCAUCCUGCAGCGAAUGGGAACCCUGGACAGCUCGGCCGUGCCCCCCGCGCUGAAGACCAGCCUGAUCCACGUGUACGGGGAGGUCCUGAAGUACUGCCACACCCAGGACCUGGACGUGUCACAGAUGUCAGACUGUCAAUCAUCUGUAGCUCCGCCCCCAUCACCGAUCACACAGGCACCUCCCCCUCCUCCUCCACCACCCCCUCCCCCUCCUCCUCCUGCUAUAGUUGUAACCAGCCCUAAGAAAACAGCAUGUAGUGAACUACCCGUACCUAACCUACAGCCUAAGAGGAGGAAGCUGGGGAUGCAAGCAGCAACACCACAGACCCCGAUCCACAGUACACCACUACGACCAUCUCUACAUGGUGACUUGCAGAGGUUGAUCAAGUCUGACCUGCGUAGGAGUCUGCGUAAGACGGACUGUGUGCGAUCCCCGGGAGGCACACCCGCCAGGCGGAGGGACCAACCCGCCUUCGACAGCAUGGGGAACUGGAUGGUCAUCGGUCUGCAGAAGAAGUUCCGCAAUGUGCAAUACAGCCCCACCACCACCACCCCCAACGACUCUACAGAGGAUUCCUUCUGCCUGAGUGUGGACUGAGGUUUUAAUGAGCUAUCUUGGAGACCAUGAAUUGGUGAAUUCCAUGGCCAUAUGUAGAUUUUCCUCGUGCAAAAGCCUUACCACUAAAAGUCGUGAAUUCCAUGCACGAGGACUCUUUUUUAAAUUUCACUGCUGCGGUAUUCACCACUUUCAUUGAUUAAGUUCACGGCUAUAGAAUUAACCAGUCAAUGGUCAACUGAUUGUGGAGUAGAGUACAAGAUUACACAUAUCAAAGUAGAGAUUAAAUACAUGCAAAGAAAAUGGUGCUGCAAGAGUGUGCAAGCAUACAUGUCUUAACUCCAUGAUUCCUCUUAGAGUCAAACCAUUACAGGAUUCUAAUUUGAUGUUAUUUUUCUAAUCAAGGAAAACUACAAGCAUGUAGAUAAGAUGGUGUUGUCUAGGCCUGACUGGGUGUUGGCUGCCUGGCUGAUAGUGCAAGAUGGAGAGACCUAAAUGUUCAAGUCACCAUACAGUGAACAGAUUGGAAAUUGUAUGGCAUAUAAAGGAAUAUAAUCUUGGGGUACUUAGGUAAAGCACUAAUUAUUCUCAAAAAAAUACCACAAUUGUGCAAUAGUUGGGGUGUCAUGGGGAAAAUGAGAUAGAUUACAGAGAGGUCCAUCCUUAGUGUUUGCAUAAGUGUGUUUAUUUGUCUUAGCAACUAAAUCUAAACAAUACAUACAUUGUCACCAUAUAAUCCUCCAUAGAGGAAAGUGAUGCAACAAUAGAUAAGGUAAUAGGAGCCCACACCAUUAUUUGAUUAUCUGUUCAAAUUAGAACUAGAUGCUUUUAAAAGAUUAAAAUUGGAUGCUACGCUUCAAAUCCUUCCUGCUGCACUGUUUUACAUAGAGCAAGUUUUCAAAUAAUUUGAAGUGUAGUUAAGUACAGUUGAAGUGUAGAGUACAUUUGUUAUUAAAUGAUAUUGGCAAAAGUUGAAUAUAUUGCUGCUUUAAUGGAAAUGACAGUUGAUGACCUUCCAACAUCAUUAGAUUCAAAUCUGCACUUGGAUUGCAAGUAAAGGAAAGACUCUUGGGUUGGAUAAAGCUGUCUAAAUUGGCUGUUAAAUCUUUUGUUUCCUUGUAGCAAGAACCCUUUAUGUGUGCUAAUGUUGUCUGGUAAUGGUUUCUUCCAACCAAAUCCCCAUCUGUCAGCCUUAUAAUUAACACUACCAGCUGCUCGCUUCCAGAUGCAAGCCUUAAAAUUUGCUUUACGACAGUUGUGCUCACCACCGUCUUUAUUGAACAGUCCAAUUAACGACUCCGGUGACUCCCUAACUAGAUCAGCGGGGUGCAAAUGAAGUAGAGACUGGUCCUACAUAUCAAUGAGGAACACUGUCAUAGGUUUCAGGAUUCAGGUCACCAAAAUGUUUAUAUGCAGAAUGUGCUGUAGCAUUCAUUUAGGGAUCGUUCAGGGUUCAUCUAAUUAAAUCAAGGUGGCAAAAUCAGGGGCUAUCAGCCACUUACUGUGAUUAGAUGUGUUUUGUUGUUUGUAUCCUAUAUUUCCAUGCAUCCUGCUUAAUUUUUUGUCUUACUAUAAUUUGUACAUCAAAACUAUAGCAAUGCAUGAUGUGUUCAUGAUGUUGCAUGAAAUACAUAUUCAAUUGCACUGCUGCUGGUGGCAUUUUCAGGCCAGGUCAUGUUAAUAGGUUGUUUCUCAGAUUCAAAAGAAUCAUGUUAAGCUAUAAAAAUUUAUAGAAAAUGGAGUUCAAAGAGAAAGAGGGUACCAGGUAUCUUGGUUAAACAAUUUUAUGCAGUGAAUAUGAAGUAAGAUACUAGUUUCCAUCUUGUCUUCUUGCUUGAUUCAUGAUCACUUGAAAAUGUAUAAAAAUCAAAGUUAAUGUGGCCUGAAUAGGUAAUAGUUAGGGAUAUCCAUGUUUUUACUAUGCAACCUUCAUGUGAUUUGUGUUGUUAGUUAUAGAUGUAGACCAAACUCAUUACAGGCAUACAACCUUAGAUUUGAUUACCAUUAGAUGGAAACUUGGUUAACUGCAGAACAAGGUCAGUUUUGGGAAUUGCCAAAGCAGGACUCAUCACUCAAUGCAUCAGUCAAAGACAUUGUCUGGUGACCUUUGAAGUCAAGAAAAGAUUAUGAAUUUACAAAGAUUUGGACAAGUAAGGGUUAACCUUGUCUUAUGGGAUUGAAAAGGGGCUCACCUGUAAACUUGAAUAUGAAAAUGAAUUUCUAUACUGUCAAUUGGAACUGCAUUUUUCUGUCAUUGUAUUCCAACUGCUAUUUACUGUAAAAUAUGACUUGUUAUCAUUUAGUGAGAAUGUAACCCUGGCAAUGAUUUACUGUAAUUUGAUGCAUUGAUAAACACAUAUAGCCUGAGGAUUUGAAAAUGUACAAUUUGUUUGUACUUUGUGCACAAGUGCAGAGAUGGAACAUCUUGUUUUUGUCACUGUGCACAUUUUAUCUGUGCAAUAUGAUAAUAUUUAAUCUUGAUGUUUUGCAAUCAAUGAUGUAAUUUGAUGAGCUGCUCUUGCCACUUAUAUAGAAGAUGUGAUGCCAGUAAAUGUCUUUUGAAAUAAACUCUGAAUUUAUGCUUAUGUACCAUAA